UUCUGAGUCAAAAACUCAGAAUCACUAUCUGAACAGUAAGAACAUAAACCUAACUGUCAUCUAAAACAAUAAAAGAAACAUUUUAAACUUAUGCACUGAUCUCAUCCGAGAGAAGAAGCACAUGGUGAUAUGAAUUGUGUUAGGAUUGGUUUUGAAAGACCAUUAGGGGUUCAUCAGAGCAUAGGCCCAUUUUAUGCAUUUAUUUAUUAUUACUGAAAUGUAUAUGCAAAUUUUAAAACAUUAAUAUCCCGGUUGUUGUUUAAGAUAAGUUAAAGGUACACUAACAUUUUGUGAAAAGAGAUGGGCCACCUGCUUGUCUUCAUGGUGAUGUUUCUUUGGACAGAUCUACUGUAACUUGACCUGGUGUCAUUACUUACAUUACCUGAUGUCUCUAUAGCGAUAAAUUUAAUGCCAUUUUGUGGAACAUUACCCACAGUGCAAUAACAUCUCCUUAGAGACAAACAGGAGCCUUAAACUGAAAUGUCAGAUGAUAUUCUUACAUGAUGCAACAAAGUCCCAAUGUUUUGUUUUUGAAAGCACAGCAGCCCUUUACACAUGGCACGAAUUACAGUUAAGUAACAUGCUGUGCACAUUAUUACACUGUCGUAUAAUUAAAAAAAAAAUGCAUGACUCUUGUUUACUCAGCACACUUGACAGUUGAACAGGCUUCACUCUUGAGACUAUUGAAACUGUCAAACUGUUUUCUUGACUGGCUAUUGUACACAGGCCUGUACCUGCAGCUGAGAGAUUGUCUUCAUAUACAGUAGUGUUUGUUCAGAGCCAUCUUUGUCAGUCGUGUUUUAACAGGUCUUCCUUUUGUCUUCUAACUUUCCACAUAGAUUCUGUCCCUUUCUCCUUCAACUCCUCCCUCCCAUCUUCAUUUCUUCCUGUGUAUGUUUUAUUUUUAGUGGGCACUGCUGCAGCUGGGGGAGGGAGUCCAGACUGAAUGAAUGAGUUUCUUUAAGGCCUCUCAACCCUUUCCGUCCCACUAGGGUUUCCUCCCUCAAAUUGCCACCCCUGGUUCCCCCAUGACUUGAAUCCAUGUGCUCCCCAUGCUGCUGUGAGAAUUCCUCUGUACCUGUCUGAACAGAGCAGGAGCGCUGUAGGGCACUGAGGGCAAGGAGGCACGCCAGAAAAAAGAAUAACAGGAUAAAAAGACGAGUAGGAGGAACUAAGGAGCAUAGAAAGUACCCAGACAGGAAAGAGUGGAACCAAUAUCGUCCGGGAUUUUAGGAUGGACGCUAUUAUGCUGCAGGAAAAACUGGUGGAACGGCUUCUGUGCCCCCGAGUCAGGACUGCCAGGCAAAAGGUAACAAUCUGGGUUGGGACAAACUUAAAAAAAAAAAAAAAAAAAAAAAAAAAAAAGGAAAAUUACGUUGUUUACUGUUAUGGCAGUAAUUGUGGUCCUGAGAACGGAGAACUGUGAACUGAUGAUAGGAAUUGUAUCUGACAAAUGGCUCAUGUAGGUUACCCGUGUCUUUUAAAAUGAUGAAUAAUCCGGAGCGUUACCAUGGCAAUUGACAACUCAAAAUAACAAAUAAGAAACAAAAUAUUAUCUUUUGAACGUCCUCAAAAUGGCACCAUAUAACAGGAAGCUGAACCCAUAGUACUAUAUAUGACUUGCGUAUUUUGUGUGACUUCUUGCUAUGUUAGAAUAAAUGCACACUUCAUUUUGUUAUUUGCCUUUAUUACAUAUUUUCUUCCACACUCUUCCCUUUCUGUUAAGAUGUGCAUAUGUGCAAUUGUGAAGCCCUCGUCUCACUGGUCACAUUGUCUGUUGUGUUUUUACAAAUCCACUCUCUUGGGGCUGUCGGAAAUACCAGUGACAAGUUAUGACAGCAGCAAAGCAGGAUGCUAACAGUCAGUGUGUUUGGCUUGUGUGAAAGAGCUUUUCAAGAGACUCAGUGGAAAUGAAUGACCUCAGCUCACAUUGAAAUGAAAUGAAAAACGCGCGAUGCCAGCCGAGACCACUCUGGCACACACACACUGGAGAAACAAUAUGUGGGUUUUGCCACUUUGCCCAACCAAGUGCACAGAAAAUCAGUGAAGAAGGGCUUUGACUUCACUCUUAUGGUGGCAGGGGAGUCUGGAAUGGGAAAAUCCACUCUGGUUAACAGUCUGUUCCUCACGGACCUCUACAAAGACAGGAAGUUACUAAACGCAGAAGAGCGCAUCAAUCAGACAGUGGAAAUCAUCAAACACACAGUGGACAUUGAAGAGAAGGGGGUGAAGCUGAAGCUCACAAUUGUAGACACACCGGGCUUUGGAGAUGCAGUCAACAACAACGAGUGCUGGAAGCCCAUCACAGACUACAUCGACCAGCAGUUUGAGCAGUACUUCAGAGACGAGAGUGGACUAAACAGGAAAAACAUCCAGGACAACAGAGUGCACUGCUGCCUCUACUUUAUCCCACCGUUUGGCCAUGGGCUGCGACCUGUAGAUGUGGAGUUUAUGAAGGCUCUGCAUGAAAAAGUGAACAUAAUUCCCCUUAUUGCCAAAGCCGACUGCCUCACACCAAACGAAAUCAAGAAGCUCAAAGACAGAAUACGAGAGGAAAUCGACAAAUUUGGGAUUAAGGUGUACCAGUUCCCAGAGUGUGACUCAGAUGAGGACGAAGAAUUUAAACAGCUUGACAAAGAACUCAAAGAGUGCACCCCGUUUGCUGUGAUUGGCAGUAACACAGUGGUAGAGGCCCGUGGACAGAGAGUGCGAGGACGCCUAUAUCCCUGGGGUAUUGUUGAAGUGGAAAACCAGUCACACUGUGAUUUUGUCAAACUGAGGAACAUGCUGAUUCGUUCCCACAUGCACGACUUGAAAGACGUGACCUGUGAUGUGCACUAUGAGAACUACAGAGCCCAGUGCAUACAGGAGAUGACCAGUAAACUGGCCCAGGACAACCGCAUGGAGAGUCCUAUCCCCAUCCUGCCCCUGUCCACUCCUGAUGUGGAAACUGAAAAACUCAUCAAAAUGAAAGAUGAGGAGUUGAAGCGGAUGCAGGAGAUGCUGAACAAGAUGCAGCAGCAGAUGCAUGACAAAGAGCAGUGAUGUCAAGUGAAGUAGAGCUGCAGCGCCCCUUGCUGUCUGUGCUCAGAACAACAGAGACUGUCAGAAAAAACCCACAUGGGUCUCAUGUGUUAGUGGCAACUCUGGCUGUUUGGUGCUUCUGUAUAGUCUGCCUGGGCAGUGGCUAAGAGUUUUUCAUGUCUCUGAAACUAUGAGCCCCUAUGGUUAAAAGUCUUAAAAUAAAUAUACUUUGUUUAACAAAUGCAUAAUUUAAUUACUAGGCAUUAUAUGUUAUUUAUUAAUUCAGUGCUAAACCUUUUGGAUAUUCUAUCAGGGUAUGAAUUGUGUUUGCAAAAUGUUUUGUAAUACAUUAACUUGUGAUGUUGACAUUUUAAAAUAUAUUUUUAUGUUAUAUUAUAUUAUCCUAAGUAAUGCUGUGUAUCCGUCCAUGCACCCCAUGUGCCCUUAAAUCGACCACAGUGACUUUGUCAGAACCCAAACUAUCUCUUUGUCUCUUUUUGCUUUGUUCAUCAUGGACACAUUUGGACAGUCAGUAUUUUAAUACUGAGACACACUUGAUGCUGGUGUCAAACUGUGAAUGGGGCGCCUCAGACAUAAUGACAGAGUGAAGCAGUGUGCAUGUCGGAGCAUGCUGCUCUUCUUUGUGCGCUCUGUAGAUUUUGGGCCUAUUUUUACUUCAGCCCUGUGCUUGUAAUAAAUGCAUUAUGCCCUGUUGCCAUGGUAAAAUACUGAGAGUACUGUCUUGGCUGUGGUGUCUCCUCUGCUGAAGUGGCUUUUUGUGAGUGAGAUUUUGUAUUGAUAUUGUUUGUUUGAGUGAAUCUGAACUUGAGUGAUAUGAGAUCCUGCAGGUUUGCUUUGAGCUCAACCAUAGGCUCAAAAAUGUCACAAAUAAAUACUACAUGAACAUC